UCGAUUGUCGCAUAUGGAAGGGAUCUGAAAUUAGGGAAGGUCCUCCCGCGGCGGGGUCUUCAAUGACGUCGUCGGCGGAAGGGAGAUAGUGUGUGUCGAUAUCUUCACUUGCGAGUUGAAGAUACUAUCUGACGAAGAGUAUAUGGAGAUUUCGGUUUGAAAUUUCAGUAUACAGAGGAUGGUAAAGAUAAUUGCUUCAAAGUAUGCUGGUAGAACCCACCAAUGUCUGUCCGGCUGCCGGCAUGCAUGGACAGCGCGGCUUCCCCUCAUCUGCACACUGCAGGUCCUUGAUCAUCCUGUGAUACACGCGAACUCCACUUCCAUGACAUCUUCGAUCAAUUUGAUAGUAGAGGAUACGGAAUACUGAUCGGAUGCGCCGACAACUUACCAGAAGAGCAUGUGAUGAGUGCAUAUCUCGCAAGGUAAAGUGUAGCGGCUCCUCGCCUUGCGAUACUUGCCUGAAGACGUCCAAAGAGGCGGACUGCACAUACCUCAAACCGCCGGGACGGAGGGGACCAAAAGCCCGACGAUUUACCAACAAGAGCAGGCCCGGCGGUGAUGGAUCGAUCGGCUAUGCUCAUACGGAGGAAGCUGCUGCAAGAACCCGGUCGGUCGAGAAUCGUCCGGUAAAUGAUGCUGACGGUCAUGUUGAUGCUGAGGGGGAUGACUCUCUGUCUGCAUCCGGCUGGAGAAAUGAGACAUGCAUUCCCAAGGCGAUACUGAUCUAUAUCGUGCGCCUGUACCAGACUUUUUCGUACAGUGUUUGGCCGGUGAUCCACGCAGAUGCGCUUGUGCAACAGUUGGAGAACGGCACCUGCAAUGAGCAGAUACUUUGCUUAGUGCUGGCGCUGUGUGCCGCGACGAUGGCACAGUUGCAGCUUGCUCCCAUGGCUGGCGAUGAUGGCCACAUGGUGGACAGUGGCCUGCUCAAAUUGGAGUGUAUGCGACUUCGGGAGCGGAGUGAUUACAGAGAGAACCUUGACGUCAAGGGUGUACUUGUUUCGUUCUUUCUGCAUGUGUAUCAUGCGAAGAUUAAUCAGCGGAAGUCGGCUAUGCUUUUUAUACAGGAGGCCAUCGCGAGCGCGAGACUGUUAGGGUUGGACAUGAACGAGCGGAAUAUGAUCGUUACGGAUGGUGUUGUUGCAAACGAGGAGAUUGUGUUUCUGUUGCUGUGGGUGUCUGAGCGAGGAUAUGCCAUGCAUCUCGGUGUGAGGCCUUCAUACACUGAUCCAGUUCAGGUCCCAGAUGCAGCACAACUGGCAAUGAGCCCUCACGCGCGGGGGUUGCUCGAGCUUUUCAAUCUUUUUGUCACAUUCGACAAGAUCCAGGCGCGACGAUGCCGUAGUGGCAGUCUGGCUCAAGCUCUAUCUGCAGCCAGUCUAGCUGAAACAGAAGCAGCACUGUCUCUACUAGCCUUCAACUCAGACGAUCAGGCAUGCACACGGCUGGCGGAUUGUUACAUCACCAGAGAAUGGAUGAGAACUAUUGUCUGGCAAGAAGCACUGUCUCGGCAUCUGUUAUCCUCGACAUCUACCACCGAGGUGAUGACUUUUCGAUUCCCUGUAGUUGUCGGACGUGAUCUGUUGAUGUCCCUGCAAGGACUGUCUGAGACAGACUUGCUGCCUUUGGGGCGGGACCAGCUAUUGAAAUGUUUUGAGGUUACCAACUCUCUGGCAGAUACCGUUCUCUAUACUCCUCCAAGCUCGUUUUCGAGUGCCCUUCAGGUCGGGCCUCAGGACUUUCUACACGCAUUGUAUCAGAAGAUUCUGCCCUUUCUGGAGCAUGAUCCGAUGCUGAACUCAGUUCUUCGCGCGAAAACAGCCGAGGCUUUGGUGAUGGCCCCUGCUCGUUUGAGUGUUGGGCUUAUUGCGAGGCUAGAUGUGGAAGAAGAGAGUAUCUCAGAGCAAGCUGACCACGUUCAUUGAUCGAACUACCAUUCUUAUUCAGCAGU